UGUACAUCUAAUUGAAGGCCCAUGAGUAGAGGGUUGUCACAUACAUAUAUGUGUACAGGAUUCAAAGGCAAAUCUACUUACUGUUCAGCACAUCAAUCCAGGAUUUACUUCCAAAUGAAACACUUGUACGUAUAGGCUUGUCGAGCACCUCUUCGGCAUAAAAUCUGGAUACAGUAUUUAAAAACUCACCUUUGGAAGAAAAAGUGUUGAACAGGAUUUUGCAGAGAAUAUACAGGAUAUCAAGUAUGGCGGCUUCUCCGGCUUCAUACAAUCGCCUUCAAGAAAAGUGCAAUGAAGGGACGCGUGGUGUUCCGUGUAUCGGCACUGUCUACCUUAAUGCUCUACCUCCUGACACAGACGUAAAUGCUCUAGCUAAAGAACAGUGCAGGUUAUUCCUCGAUGGGAAAUCCAUUCAGAACUGUCAGCAAACGUGGAAUCUCAUUCUUGACAAAGCAGCCCCAUUGGACCAAGAGGCAGUAUUCAAAUCUCUCACACAACCAGAGGAUUUUCAGGUUGAGCUGGUGAUAGGCCAGUUGAAAGAGAAUUAUUUCUGGGAGGAUGAGCAGCUUUUAAAGGACAACUUCCUGAGUGCAAAUAUAGAUCACUUUCAGCUGUACCAGGCAGGGGACGGGGAGCAGAUACAAGGGGUUGCUCUCAUGGCUACAUUGAAAUCCAAGGACGCAAUUGGGCUGUUCUAUUUUGUGGACUGAGCCAAAGGGACUGAUUAUUUUAACAUUGACAUUUUUAAAGUGACACCAUAGCAAAAGAUGUGACACUGCUGUUUUAUAAGCAUAAAAUACAUUACUAUAAAUAUAAGUGUUUUGUAAAUUGUUAAAAUGACUUUUAUUUCAAUGGUGUGAAGUACAUGUACAUAAACAAAUAUUUCACUAAAACAACACAGAGUGUUUCAUUUACAACAUUACAAAGCAAAAAUGGAGAUUUCACAUUUGAUCUUUGUAGAUAGUCAUGAUUUUUUCUAAUUUUAUGACAUCAUAUUAUUUUCCUUUCACUACAAAGCUGAAACGAAGUUCAUAAUUCUACUUCACUAAGAGGUGUGAAUCAAAUUGUCCAUUCGAGUAUUUAACAGUUUAAAGGGAUAGUAUUUUUGUUUGUAUUGCUUAAUAGCCAACAGAGAACCGAUUUUGCUUACUAUUGUUUGAACUCAUAAGACAUCAUUAUCUUCUAC